GGGGUGACAAUGCGCAUGCCCAUAGCGGAGGCCGCGCACGCGCAGUCUGCGGUCCCUUGACCUCUGACCCGCCGGCCGCCCUUGAGCCCGGGCCGCGGGGCCAGGAAACCAGGGCCUGCGCCUCCGAGGCUGAGCGGUCGCCAUGGCCAAGUACCUGGCCCAGAUCAUUGUGAUGGGGGUGCAGGUGGUAGGCAGGGCCUUUGCCCGGGCCCUACGGCAGGAGUUUGCAGCCAGCCGGGCAGCGGCUGAUGCCCGAGGACGCGCCGGGCACCAAUCUGCAGCCGCCUCCAGCCUGUGCGGCCUCAGCCUCCAGGAGGCACAGCAGAUUCUCAACGUGUCCAAGCUGAGUCCGGAGGAAAUCCAGAAGAACUAUGAACACCUAUUCAAGGUGAAUGAUAAGUCCGUGGGUGGCUCCUUCUACCUGCAGUCAAAGGUGGUCCGAGCAAAGGAGCGCUUGGAGGAGGAGCUCAGAAUCCAGGCCCAGGACCGGGAGCGAGACCAGACAACCCAAACGUGAUGGCUCAGCUCCUCCCACCCACCCGCCCGCACCUCUAAUUUAUAGCUUGCAAUGGAGCCAAGAGGAGGAAAAACAUAAGCUACUAUAGAAAGGCACUUGGAACCUGUUAAAACACUGAUAUCCUGGGAUGUGCAACGACAGACCGACAAUGACAACACACACACCGGCCCUCCGAGCCUAGUCUAUCACUGAGUCACACGCUGAGCUGGCGCCACCUCUCAGCCCCUGUUCCUCUGCUCCCGGGCUUCAGUCUCAGCCCUUACCCCGGGGUGGAGCCCAGAAAAGGGAGGCCAGCUCCCUCCUGCUUCACUCCCAGCCCCUUCUAGGCGCAGGGCCAGCACCGCUGGGCCUUGUCGGAGUGACCCCUCUGGGACAGAAGGGCAGUCCAGGAGAGGGUGGGGUUAAGCAGAGCUACUCAGAGGAGCAACAGGGACCCUGGUGCCACAAGCUAAGGACCCCGCUGCUGUCCUGCAGCUCCCUUGUUCUAGGGCUGGGGAGAUGCAGUGGCCAAGGUUAGGGCAGAGUCAGGAGCCAGAGCCUCCCAGACACACCAGGCACCGUCCUGGGAGAAGAGCAAGGACUCAGGGUCGGGGGCGCACACGCUGUGGGGCAGCAGGAAUCAGGGAUGUGGCUCAGACAGUUCAGCUGAUGAAGACAAAGGGAACAGCCAUGUCUGGUUUCCCCUUCCCAGGCAGAGGUGCUGCCUCCUCUUUGGCCACCCCUGGCUGCUUCGCCACCCCCAAAUCCCAGAUCUUCAAUCCGCAGACUCCAAAAACCUCCCAUACUCAGCACCGGCCUAGAGCCCUACCUCACCUGUGUCUGUGACCUGGUGCCCCCACAAUGGGAGCUGUGUCCCAGCCUGGGGUUGUCCCCAACCAGCUCCCACCUCCUGACACCCUGCGGACCUCCACCGUCCCUGUGCAGGGCGGGCACUGUCUCAGACCAGGCCCAGCCCCACCUACGCCUGAGCUCGGCCAGCCAGGUGCUGGCACCUCCCCCGCUAAACGGAGGGAGGAGGCCCAGUGGUGCAAGGGCAGGUGAGGGGUCAGCUGUCCCUGCAUUUUGGAGAACACCCAGCCCAGGGAAGGGGCCGGCCCUCGGGCAGUGCUGGCCUUGUUAAAGGGUCAGUGGCGACGGGCAGCUAGCAGAGCGGGCCUCUCUAGACGUUAGAGGCACCUUGUCGGUAGGGUAAGACGGCGUCUUCCUGCGGCUUCACUGGGGCCUGUGUCUGUCUUGCUCUCCCUCUGGAGAGACAGCCAGAGGGAAAGGGGUCCAGGGGGGCCCAGAGCAGGAGCCUGGUGAGGCCAGGCAGGACACCAUGCGGCCACAAGCCCAGUGUCUCCUCAGAGGUCACUGUGUGAGGUGGGGGAGCCCCAGGCCAGCAAGGAGAGCACAUGCGACCUCACCCACCCCUGCUGGGGCGCGUGGGGCAAGGCCGGGAUGGAGAGUGGCCU